AUGUGCGUGUCUGUGGUGGGCCAGCCUCGGGGUCAGCUCGCUGACCUGCUCGAAGCUGGCGGCGACGUGCAGCAGCUCGCCGCGCUCGCGCAGUCCGGACAGCGCAGCGAGCUCUCUGCCGCGCUGGUCGCUCUCGGCUUCACCAAGCUCGGCCAGCGGAUGCGGGUCGAGCGCGCCCUGCUCGCAGCUCCGCCUGCGGUGCCAGAGGUGGACAGUGCCGCCUUCUGGCUGGGCGUGGCCGACUCGAGUGCUCGCGCCGUGGACGGAUCUGCGCCCAGCUGCAACUACGAGGCGCACGCCGCUGCAGUCGCGGCCCAGGCCUCCGAGGCGAGGCGGAGGGAAGCUGCCGCUGCGGAGGCUCACGCCGAGGCGGCGGCGGCGGCGGCGGCGGCGCGGGAGGCGGAUACGGCGUGGCGGACGGACGGCGGCGUUGCGACCGCGCUGCGAAGCGGAUUUCUCGCCGACGCCGGCGACGAGCUCGCCUCCGUCCGAGGCGCGUCCGGCGUCUCUGCGCGGGCAGAGGCGGCGGCGGCGGCGAACGCGGAGGCGCGGCGCGAGGCUGCGGCGGAGGCGCGCACGCUUCCCUUUCUGAUGCCGAGCGGGCGAGGUGGUGGUGAGGGCGGCGGCGCCGGCGAGGCAGCUGCCGCUGCUGCGGAGAGGGCAAAGGAGGCGUCGCUACGAGACAACCCGCUCGGCCACGCUGGCGCAGGAGUGACGGAGCCGCGCCGCAACCAGUCCGGGCUUGGAGUGGUGCCAACCACGCUCCGGGUGAAGCCGCAGAGGAUCGCUGCCGACCAGCCGACUCCUCUCGCGGGGGCCGUCACGGACGCGGACGCACGAGCGGCGACCGAGGAGGCCGUGGGGCGACUGGAGGGCAGGCUCGGCGCACAACGGGCCGCCGGAGCGAAGAAGGAGACACGGGCGGCCAAAGCUGCUGCCGAGACGGCCGGCAGUGGCAGCUGCAAGGCUGCCGAUGACGCCUCCGCCUCCGCCGCUGCCUCCUCCACCGCAGCCGCCGAGUCGGUGGCGGAGGACGCGGACUCUCUGCGCGAGGCGGGCGGUGCCGCCUUCCGACGCGGAGACGCGGCGGCGGCGGAGCAGCUAUGGGGCAAGGCGCUGCAGCUGUCGCCCGGCGACGCAGCUCUCACUCCCGACGCUCGAGGAAGCUGGUCGGAGCCUUCUUGGAAGCUACCUAUAGGCGACGCGACUCUCCUCUCCAACCGCUCCGCCGCACGACUCGCGACGGGCGACGCGCGUGGCGCGCUCGACGACGCGCUCGCCGCCGUCGCCUCCGCGCCAGCGUGGCCAAAGGCUCGCGGGCGGCACGCGGCGGCGCUCUCGGCGCUGGGGAGGACCGAGGGCGCGCUGGAGGCGUGCGCCGCCGGCUUGCGUCUCGACCCGUCCGCGCCGUACCUUCGCUCCGAGUUCGCCCGCCUCAAGCAGAGGGCCAGGGCGGAGGGGUUGCCCCUACCUGACGUGCCGCUCCCGCCCCCGCCGCCGGGUGCCGCCGCCGCGCCGGCCGCCGCCACCAGCGGUGCCGCCGUCGCUGCAGGAGGCGGCAAGGCGGUGACAGAGAGCACGUCGCCGCCCGCCGCCGCUACUUGUGCGGCCGACCAAGGCUUCGGCGGCGGCGGCAGAGGCGGGGGAGGAGGCGGCGGCGGCGGCGGCGGUGGUGGCAACGGCAACGGCAGGGAGAGUGCCCUCGGCUUGGGCGGCGUCGAGUACGCUAGGGAGGCUGUGCGGCUGGGCCGACCAGAGACUGCGGUGCGCAUACUGGACCGCGAGAUCGGAGGCGCCUCGACGGACGCACGCCUCUACCUCGAGCGGUGCAACGCGCUGGUGUCACUCGGCGAGCACGGCCGCGCCCUCGAGGAUGCGCACACGGCGUCGUACCUCGCGCCGAAGAUGCCGGCGGGGUUCCUGCACAAGGGCAACGCGCAGAUCGCGCUGUGCGACCACGACGGCGCGAUGGCGACCUUCCAGCUCGGCUGCGUCGCCAACCCGUCCGACAAGGAGCUGCGCGAGGCGUGGUUCAGCGCAAAGGAGAUGUGCCGCACCUGGCGGCGGGCGGGCAAGAUGGCCCUCGGAGGAGAGCGCGCGCGCAUCCAGGCCUUCGAGGCAGCGCGCGAGCCGUGCCUCUCCCAGGUCUCCGGGCUGGCGAGGGCGGAGGACCGCGCGGCGGCGCUCAAAAACCUGGCGCGGGUGCACGUCAAGUGGGGCCGCCACACCGAGGCGCGGACGCUGCUCGACGCCGCAGUCCGCGAGGCAGCGCCCGCCGACAUGCACUUGCGGUACGCGCGCGCCGAGGCCAACAUGGCACUCGAGGAGCCGCGGCGGGCGCUCGAGGACGCGGCGGCGGUGACGGCAGCGCGGCCGGGCUGGUUUGACGGCCUCGACUUGUGUGCCAAGGUGCACGCGCGGCUAGGCGACUGGAAGGCGGCGCUGCCUCUGUGGGAGGAGUGCCACUCGCAGCAGCCGCACAACCCGGCCAUUGAGAUGGCGCUCGAGCGGGCGCGCGUCGAGGUCGCGCCGCCGGAGGAGCAGCAGCGGGAGGCGAGCGACGCAGCGCCGCGCAGCGGCGGAGGCGACGACGACGACGACGAGCAGCAGCCGGGCGGCGGCGGCAGGGGCGGCAGGGGCGGCGGCGGCGGCGCGGGCGGCGGCGCGGGCGGCGGCGCGGGCGGCGAGGCGACAGCGGAGGAGAGGGAGGCAGCGCGGAAAGCUGGUGCGCUGAAGGGCUUGGCGCAGCAAGCCUUCGAGCGGAUGGACUCGAGGCGCGCGCUGUUGUUGCUCGGGGAGGCGAUCGGCCUCGCGCCGGGCGAGGCACACCUCUGGUCCCUCCGCUCACGCGUAUACGAGGGGGUCCACCGCUACGCCGACGCGCUCUCGGACGCGCAAGAGGCGAUCUGCCUCGCUCCCCAGUGGAGCCGCGGCUACUUGCGGGCCGGCCGCGCGCUGGUGCACCUCGAACGGUACGACGAGGCGCUGCAGGCGCUCCCCCCCCCCCCCCCCUCCUCCCCUCUGAGCGAGCACCGCGUGGAGCCCUCCCUGAGCCGUCUCGGAACCCUCCUCCGGGCGCUCGAGCUCGGCCUGCGGGCGCUCGAGCUCGGCCUGCGGAUGGAGCCCGCCAACCAGAAGAUGAAGGACGCGGCCGAGCACGCCACCUUCCUGCUGCGCACGCAGCGCGCCGAGCAGCGCGCGCUCGCCUCCAACCGCGCCGGCGGCGUCGACUUGCUCGGCAUCCAGCGCGGAGGCUGCCGCUGCAAGGGGUGCGAGUGCGCGGGGUACGUGCAGCGGCACACGCCAAACGCGGCGCGGCGGGAGGAGUACGAGGCGGCGACGGCGGAGCGGCCUGUCCCCCACACGAGCAGCGGCGCCCGCGGCGGGCUUGGUGGCUCGUACUACUAUGGCGCCGUGCCGGCAGGCGAGCGCACGCUUCCCGUCGAGCCGCCGCGCAAGCUGUCGCAAGAGGAGCUGGCGCACACCGCCGCGCAGACAGGUUGCGGGGGCGGAGGAGGGGACGCCGCUGCGGGUGGCUCGGCCGCUGCGGCGGUGCCGGGCGUAGGCUACUACUACGCGCACGGGCGGCGUGUGGAUUACGCGGCUCCGGCAGUGCCGAAACGGCUAAAUCCGGACGGCUCCCUCGCCGACUGGUCGCCGACGGUUUCCGCGGAGGCGCGCGGAGGCGGCGGAGGGGCGGGCGUUGCGGCGGGCGAGGGCGGCAGCAGCUUGCUGGUCGAGCUGCGACGGAGCGGCGCCGAUGUGGACAGGCUGCGCGCCUUGGCGCGCGCGGUGGCGGGCGGGGGCAGCGACCCCCUUGUUCGCGAGGAGCUGGCGGCGCUCUUGCGCGAGUUUGGGUUCGUCAAGCUGGGCCAGCGAAAGGCGGUGGAGGCUGCGCUGCUGGACGAGGGCGUACGUGAGUAA